UACAGUUCUCGUUUCACUCUCUUCUUCUUCUUCUUCUCUCCUCUACUACGCUUCUUGUUGUUCUCACCAUAAUAUCAUAAGAAAAGAAAAUGUUUCCUCUGAAAAGUUUCUGUGGGUUAGAGAACAACAGCCCCUUCAACUUAACGGAGGGUGAGGAUUCCAUCAAGACUUUGUCAGAGAAAAAAUCUACGGAAGCCUGUAAGAGUCACAAGGAGGCUGAAAGGAGACGCAGGCAACGUAUCAACGCCCACCUCUCCACUCUCCGCUCUCUCCUCCCCAACACCACCAAGACGGAUAAAGCUUCGUUGCUGGCGGAGGUUGUCCAUCACGUGAGGGAGCUAAGGAGGCAAGUAGAAGACGUAGCGCGACGUGACGUUGACGGUUGCUGCAGUAAAAGCCAACCGGAGCUUGAGUCGUGGCCGUUUCCAGGGGAACGCGACGAGGCGGCUUUGAGCCUUUAUGAUAAGGAAGCGAAGUUGUUGAAGGCGACAGUCUGUUGCGAGGAUAGGCCCGGUUUGAACCACGAUUUAAAUCGGGUGAUCAGGUCUGUUCAGGCUAGGGUGGUUCGGGCUGAGAUGACGACGGUUGGUGGGCGAACCAAGAGCGUUGUGGUGAUGCAGUGGGGCGGCGAUGUCGAGGAGAUUGGGCCCUUGGAACGGGCUUUGAAGGAUGUGGUGGCGAAUCGGGUGUCUGUCCUGGCCCACGGGGAGGGGCGUAAACGGGCUCGGGUUAUUGCGUCGGAUAAUGAAAAUGGUUCUGGGUUUUUGGUUGACAGUGUUUGAUAAUUGAUAUUGUUGAUGUGAUAGAAGUAAAUUAGUACAAUGUACUUAUAUCUUGUAUAGGAAACAAAAUUAAAUGAAAAACGAGGUUAGUCUGAUAUUGUUGCUUGACUGAUAUGUAAAAAAAAAAAAAAUCUUUGUUAAUGUUUGAUUGCAAAUGAAAAAUUGAGAUCUCUUUAUGUA